AUGUCUUGGGUGUCCCCGUGGAUGCAGGUGAGGGAUAGGGUGUUGUGGUUUCGAAGAGACCCUACAGGAAUCUAUUCUGGCCGUAUCAGGGUGACUUCACUGCCAGAGUCCAAGAGAGCCAGUAGGGUAUGUGAGCCCACCUGCACUAGAUACUAGCGAGCAGGUACCUCACUUCGCUAUGGUCUGACAGGUGGCAAUCGCUGGUGGGUCUGUAGGCAUUGGCUCAUCUGUUACUCAACACUUACAGUCAUAUGAAAAAGUUUGGGUACCCCUCUGAGGCUGCAUAAUAAUUGACUCUGUCGUCACAGAAAAUGAUCACAGUGGCAUGCCAUUCAUUUUCUAAUAAAAGCUGAGUACUGGGGUAUUGUCCAGACAAAGAUUUUUAGUGUAGCAAUAUUAAGUUGUAUGAAAUUAAAUCAGAUGUGAAAAAUAGGCUAUGCAAAAAUGUGGGCACCCUUGUCAUUCUGUUGAUUUGAAUACCUGUAACUACUUAGCACUGAUUAAUUGGAACACACAAUUGGUUUGGUGAGCUCAUUAAGCCUUGAACUUCAUAGACAAGUGCAUCCAAUCAUGAGAAAGGGUAUUUAAGGUGGCCAAUUGCAAGUUGUUGUUCUCUUUGACUCUCCUCUGAAGAGUGGCAACAUGGGGGCCUCAAAACAACUCUCAAAUGACCUGAAAACAAAGAUUGUUCAACAUUAUGGUUUAGGGGAAGGCUACAAAAAGCUAUCGCAGAGAUGUAAGCUGUCAGUGUCCACUGUGAGGAACAUAGUGAGGAAAUGCAAGACCACACGCACAGUUCUUGUUAAGGCCAGAUGUGGCAGGCCAAGUAAAAUAUCGGAGAGGCGAAGGAUGGUGAGAACGGUCAAAAACAGCCCACAGACCACCUCCAAAGACCUACAACAUCAUCUUGCUGCAGAUGGUGUCACUGUGCAUCGUUCAACAAUUCAGCGCACUUUACACAUGGAGAAGCUGUACGGGAGAGUGAUGCAGAAGAAGCCUUUUCUGCACACACGCCACAGAGUCGCUUGAGGUAUGCAAAUGCACAUUUGGACAAGCCAGCUUCAUUUUGGAAUAAGGUGCUGUGGACUGAUGAAACUAAGAUUUAGUUAUUUGGUCAUAACAAGGGGCGUUAUGCAUGUUGGCAAAAGAACACAGCGUUCCAAGAAAAACACUUGCUACCCACGGUAAAAUUUGGUGGGGGUUCCAUCAUGCUGUGGGGCUGUGUGGCCAGUGCCGGUACUGGGAAUCUUGUUAAAGUUGAGGGUUGCAUGGAUUCCACUCAAUAUCAGCAGAUUCUUGGGAAUAAUGUUGAAGAAUCAGUCACAAAGUUGAAGUUACGCCAGGGCUGGAUAUUUCAACAAGACAACGACCCAAAACACUGCUCAAAAUCUACCCGGGCAUUUAUGCAGAGGAACAAGUACAAUGUUCUGGAAUGACCAUCCCAGUCCCCAGACCUGAAUAUCAUUGAGAAUCUGUGGGAUGAUUUGAAGCGGGCUAUCCAUACUCGGCAACCAUCAAACCCAACUGAAGUGAAGAUGUUUUGUAAGGAGGAACGGUCCAAAAUACCUUCAUCCAGACACUCAUUAGAGGCUAAAGGAAGCAUCUAGAGUCUGUUAUUUUAGCAAAACGAGGCUCUACUAAAUAUUGAUGUGAUUUUUCUGUUUGGGUGCCCAAAUUUAUGCACCUGUCUAAUUUUGUUUUGAUGCAUAUUGCACAUUUUCUGUUAAUCCAAUAAACCUAAUUUCACUACUGAAAGAUUACUGUGUCCAUCAGUUAUUUGAUAGAUCAAAAUGAAAUUGCUGAUCCAAACAAUCAUGGAAAUUGUCAGGGGUGCCCAAACUUUUUCAUACGACUGUAUGAGUAGGGAGUCCCUUGGCCCCACAUUUUCCACACCAAACAACAUUAUGUCGCUCCUCUCUGGCUGGGAAGUAAGCGGCUGUUAUGGGAGGCUCAUAUUUCCUUGAGGAAAAAGGUUGUGUGUCAGGUUGUUUCUUCAUAGGUGGAGGUUGUUCCUGUUUGACUUAAGUGCAUAUUUUGAUGUGCAUCUUUCCACCAGCUGAAUCAUGUCCUGGUAAGUCUGAGGGCAUUGUUGGGUGGCUGCUUUGCACAGAUCAUAGGGAAGGCCUCUCAUGAACUGGUCCAGUACAACUUUGUCGAUCACAUCAUCCACAGAGUUGCCUUGUGGCUUCAGACAAUUUUUCCCAAGCCGCCAUAGGUGAUAUAAUUGGGCCCUGGGUGCCUGGCCAGCUUGGUAUUCCCAGAUUCUAAACCAUUGGUCGCUGGCAAAGGGGUUGAGCCUUAAUCUGUUUAGGAUCUCCUCCUUCAAACGGUCAUAGUUAUUGACCUCUACUGUCUCCAGAUCCUGAUAGGCUUGUUGUGCCUCUCCUGUGAGAUGGAGGGCUACAAGAGCUGGACAUAACUCUCUCUCUGCCACUCUCUAAAACGUCAAGAGAAAGGCCUCUGGGUCAUCAGCAUCAGUCAUCUUAGUGAGUGUCUCUCAGGCCUUACUGGCAGGUGAGGGAAGAGGGACUGGACCCGAAGCUGCUCCAACAGGCCUCCUUUGAACUUCCAGGGAACCUCUGAGGUGGUCAUAUGUUGUAUGAGCCCAGCCAUACCUUCUAUCAUGGUAUUUGAGGUCUGUUGGCUGACUCCAUGAAGAUUUAUGAGUUGUCCCAGCAUGUUUUCCAAGUUUCCAACUCCAGGAUUAGACAUGGUUCCACUCUUGCGAGAGAGAAAAAAGAAUGUAAAACAAUAAAAUAAGAAAGUUGUGUGUUUACUCAGAUGUCCACAUUCUCCACCAUAUGUCGGGAGGAGUGGGGUGUGCCCAACUACACAAGCAGCAAUGAGUAAACACACAACAUAUGCUUUUACUUGAGCUUUUAUAUUGUCUCUGGCGUUCUAGUCCAGAAGCGGUUCAGGCAAGAAGGUGGUUAAAGAUGGCGGCCACCACCUCUCUUGCGGUGGUGUGGCCUCACUGGCAGAUUCCGUAACUCUCCUUCUGAGGAGUCUGUGGAAGGAGAGAGAAACACUGUGUAAGUGGGAGAGUAGGCCCACUGUGGCUGUCUUCCUAACUGCUACAGAAUAGAUAAUAAACAGUAACAGCAGCGUGCUGUGAUUAUUCAAGAGUUCAAUGCAGAUACUCUGGGUAGCUAUUGCUGAACUAUUUAACUAACUUUUUAGCAGUCUUAUGGCUUAGGGGUAGAAGCUGUUCUGGGUCCUGUUGGUUCCAGACUUGGUGCAUCAGUACUGCUUGCCGUGCGGAAGCAGAGACAACAGUCUGGUGUCUUUGACCAUUUUUAGGGCCUUCCUGGUAUAGAGGUCCUGGAUGGCAGGGAGCUCGGCCGCACGCACUACUCUGUAGCGCCUUGCGGUCGGAUGCCAAGCAGUUGCCAUACCAAGCGGUCAUGUAGCCAGUCAAGAUGCUCUCAAUGGUGCAGCUGUAUAACUUUUUGAGGGUCUGAUGGCCAAUGCUGAAUCUUUUCAGCCUCCUGAGGGAGUAGCGGUGUUGUCGUGCCCUCUUCACGACUGUGUUGGUGUAUGUUGACCAUGAUAAUUCCUUAAUGAUGUGGACACCGAGGAACUUGAAGCUCUCGACCUGCUCCACUACAGCCCUGUCAAUGUGGAUGGGGGCGUGUUCGGCCCUCCGUUUACUGUAGUCUGAUCAGCUCCUUUGUCUUGUUGAGGGAGAGGUUGAGGUCAGUGAUCAGGCCUACAACCGUUGUGUUAUCGGCAAACGUAAUGAUGGUGUUGGAGUUGUGAGCGGCCACACGGUCGUGGGUGAACAGGGAGUACAGGAGGGGACUAAGCACGCACCCCUGAGGGGCCCCCGUGUUGAGGGUCAGCAUGGCGGAUGUGUUGUUGCCUACCCUCACCACCUGGGGGUGCCAGUCAGGAGGUCCAGGAUCCAGUUGCAGAGGGAGGUGUUUAAUCCCUGGGUCCUUAGCAGCAUCAUAUGAUGAUGCAAAACGCAGCUGUAUUUUGAAAGUUGUACAUCUUAACUCGAUUGCUGACAUACAUUUUGGGACUAUAUCAACAAUGGACUAAUGAAACGAAUACCAAAAGAGUGGAGUUUUCCUUUAAUCGGCAGACCUAGACCCUGUCACACUGAACAAGGCAAGACUAAGAAUUUGCCCACGGCAUGGACAUUUUGUCUGGGACGGCAAAGUCGUGGAAUAAGGCAGCUAAAAUCAUGCAGUCUGUGCGGGCCUUUACUUGAAAAUUUUCUCUGGCCUGACACAAGUUAGUUAUGAUGUUAGUCAACAAGAUAGCAUUUGAAAAGUGAAUAGGCCUACGCUAUGAUAAAUCAUAACUAGUCAUUCACUAACAUUAAUUUGUCUAGGCUGCAUUUACACAGGCAGCCCAAUUCUGAUUUUUUUCAGUAAUUGGUAUUUUGACCAAUCAGAUCUGAAAAAAUAUCAGAAUUGGGCUGCCUGUCUAUGCCACAACACGCAGCCUUACUUGCCACAACACUGAUUCCUGUUCUUUGGGUACUGGAUCGUGCUAGCCUGGGUGCCAAGACAGCAGAAACAAACUUUGCACCCAGGCUAGGACCAUGCAGGGUCUCUCAAACGAUAAUUGAUUAGUCACAUUUUUUCCCCUCUUGCAUUAUCUCACUGACUCUCCAUCAUCUUCUCAGGUGGUGUUUCCUGAAGAAUUCAGACCUGAUUUUGACCAAGUGCUUCAGGAACUGGUCUGUGACUUCCUCACUCGGUUGGAAGAGCUGCUUACACUACCAGACUUUAAGCAGGUACAGAAAUCACUUUCGUAAGACAGUCUUGAGACAACAGCAUUCAAAUUAAUAACUGUAGUUGGCCUGGAAUCUAUUUUGGCAUUUUAUUUGUGUCCCUCUUUUCCCUAGACUGCAUUGUUGCUGAGUGCUGGCUCCUCUGGCCUGGAUGAAUGCCUGCUGUCUUUCUCUCACUCAGAAGAUCUCCAGUUUCUACUCCAGAAUUACAAACAAUGCAGAACAUUGUACACAAACGGUACGUUUUACACCAAUUAAUUGUAAUACUACAUGGUCAAAUAAGGUUUAUUGAUGUAACAACUGCAUCUGAGGAUAAUAAGAUGAUUUAUGUGCUGGAAGUUCCUCUCACCAUGUUCCUUACCUUCCUUGUUCAUUUUAAAGUUGGAAGGAUGAGCCAAAUAAAGUGAUGGAUUAAAAUGUAAAUGAUGGAUUUGGGACGUUUUGCCUCUAGGUGUUCAGAGCAGUCACCUAGAUAUUAUUCAAAGUGUAUUUUUAACGUAUUUGUUUUUGUCUGUGCAGUUUCCUCCUCUGACAUUCCUCAGGAAUCCGAUAUUGAAUCUGAUGCCUUCCCUGACCAGUUAAACCGUACCAAUCUGGACACUGGUGUAGGGAUGAGAACUGGGAUACAAAGCAGAGACUGCCAAAGGAUGGAGUUGGCAUCACAUUUAGUGGAAAUGGGGAGCACAAGAGAUAUUAUAGGCUGCGAUGAAACCUGUGAUGAAGGGAAUGAAGAUGACAUCGAUGUAGAGGAUGACCAAACACAGAAAAGGUAUGAGAAUAAAUGUAUUUAUUUUUGUUGUUUCGAAAGGUACAGUUGGUGAAUAACCAUUUGCAUUUGGAUCUAUCAAACAAACUUACCACUUGACUCAGUAAUAGUCAUCAAUUUGCAUUUCUGUUUUCUGCCUUUCACAGGGCUGGGUCUGGUCUUUCUCCUACUAGUGUCAUGCAAGGUGGUGAUACAGGUGAGACCUCACAAACUUUUAGUCAAGUACAUUUACCCUUUGGAAAGCCUCAGUUGACCAUUUUUGGGCAAUGGUAGGGGAAACUUCCUCACAAGUUCAAUGUUUUUAUUCAUUUUUCCACAGACACCGUUGCAGGGGUGUCGUUUCAGGUGUUGACUCCCCUUUCUUCAGCUUCCAAUGAGUGUGCCCCAUCUACUUCCAGUUCAUCACACAUGAACAUUUUCCACCAGUGUCCUCAGUGUGGGAAGUGCUUUAAUUAUCAGUCUCAACUUGUCCAACACCAGCAAAUUCACUGUGGGGACAAUCCAUACAAGUGCUCCAACUGCGGUAAUAGAUUCAAAUUCUUUACAAGUCUGUCAAAUCAUAAGAGGAUGCAAUGUGUGGGCACUGCCUAUAGCUGCCCCAAGUGCUGGAGAGAGUUUGGUUCACUGCGUGAGAAAUUGAGACACCAGUGUCCACACAACGAAGUCAUGUACAUCUGUCCACAGAGCGGGAAGAGUUUCAAGACGCCACAGCAACAUCCAUUCCAGUGCCGUCACUGCGCAAUGGCCUUUUCCGAAUUGGAUCAACUGCAUGCUCACGAAAAAAUUCACGGAGUCGCCCAAACUCUUGACUGUCACACAUGUGGAAUUACCUUCAGCAACUUGCCCAGCCUUGUGCACCACGUGGAAGCCCACAAGAGGUCGGAUCUGAGGCCGUCGUCGCACCUUCCGAAGAAGAAGAAAGGAUUGCAGCUUCCGAAAACUCACCAUUGCCACCAAUGUGGAAAGUCCUUCGUAACAAACCGACGCCUCAAGGAUCACGUGCGUACUCAUUUGAAUUAUCGUCCCUUCCCCUGCACCUACUGUGGAAAAUGUUUCACUCAGAAAGGUAAUCUCAAUGUGCACAUAAGGAUCCACACAGGGGAGAGACCCUACAUGUGCUCUGUGUGUGGGAAGACCUUUCAGUCAGCAGGGAAUCUGCAGGUACACCAGCGCUUUCACACUGGGGAGAAACCCUACCAAUGCAAAGAGUGUGACAAACGUUUUACUAAGUCGAGCCACUUAGUCGUCCACAUGCGUGGGCAUACUGGAGAGCGUCCCUUCACUUGUAAUGAAUGUGGAAGGAGUUUUAUCCGGAAAACUUGCUUAAAGAAACAUUUGCUAGUUCAUUCAGGGCAGAAGCCUUAUUCACGUCCUCGUUGCCCGAAUACUUCCAAGCGUAGUUCACAACCAAGCUAUCACAUGAAGGAGAAUCCUACUAAUGCGACUGCCAUGGCUGGACAUGCCACUGCCAUGGCUGGACAUGCGGCUGCCAUGGCUGGACAUGUGGCCGCCGUGGCUGGACAUGUGGCCGUACCAGCAAUCUAUCAUGACAGCCUUAACAUAAAAAUGUUGGCACAUGUUGGCAUGUCCCGAGGCUAUGCCAUGGAGAGACUAGGAGGCGGUCCUUCAAAUUGUUGAAUGCUGCCCUGCGUGUGGAAAAAUGUCCCAAUACUUCCCCCCUGGCCCUACCUCUCACUUUUGAGUAACACUCUUAGUGGCUAGUUGUAACUGCAAUUUGAUAGCGAAGCAACAAGUUAUGGGGGAAAAUCAAUACUAGUCCAGAGAGAUUAAUGGGUGUUCUAAUUAUCAUUAACACGGAAACAACACAAUUUUUCUUUGUAGGUUUCAAACAAACGCCUCUGCAAUGGCUUCACACACGGAAUUUAAUUGGAACAACCAAUAAUUUAUCAUUAACACAGAAACAAUGGAAUUGUCCUGUGUAGGUUUUCCAAAAACGUGCGGCAAUGGCGUCCUUCAUAGAUGGGGGAGGGCCUUUGGUAGGUGAGGGGGGUGUAGACUCUCUAGUCUUUCUCUAUACAUCAUGUCUCAGAACCUCAUCAAGUAGCUGAUUUAGUUACAGGUGCCAAGGUUACUGGACCAGUUAAGAAGCUAUUUUAUAGUUUCAUGUGAUGUUCCGUUUUUCUCAUUACAAAUAUUAUUCCUUUACAGAUGUAUUAUAUAGCUGUUUGCAUGUAGACAUGUUUAUGUAAUAGGCACAGUAGUCGUGGAUUGAGGUUGAAUUUGUGAAAUGCAUGUGCAAUUGUAAUAUAAGUAUUUACUCUUAACAGUAAUAAUGAUAAUGUGUUAUUUGAUAAGCGUAUUUCUAGACUUCCAAGGAAUCUAGAAAAGUGUAUUUCCUGGUGUUAUAUUUGGAGGGUUGGCAUAUUCUUUGUUAUACCUAUUAUUAAAGGUUUUAAUACUUAA